AUGGAUCCCAACCAAACUGCCAAAUUUCCUCUCCAUGAGGCUGCCCGGGAGGGUAGGAACCAGGUUGUCGAAUCCCUACUCAACGCCAAUCCAAAGUCUGCGUUUGUGAAAGAUGAAGAUGAUCGUCUUCCUAUUCACUGGGCUGUAGCCUAUAAUCACAUGCCCGUUGUGGAGCUGCUUGUUUCCAUGAAGAACUUUGAUCCCGAUGUUGAAGAUGGAUCCGGUUGGACCCCAUUGAUGAUCGCGGCCAGUCUCAAGGAUGCCGGGGGUGACAAAAUUCUGGAGCUCCUAUUGCGUAAGGGCGCCGAAGUCUCCGUUAAGAGCCAUUCGGGGCAGAACGCGUUGCACUUUGCAAGCUCCAAAGCCAACAUCUCCACUGUGCGAAUCCUAAUUGCCAACAAAUGCAGUGCUCGUGUUAAAGAUAUCCGCGGUCAACUGCCUCUACACCGGGCGGCAGCCGUAGGAUCCGUUCCUAUCCUACAGAACCUCCUGGAGGAAGGGAAGAGCCCCGUUAAUGCAACGGACGGGGACGGCAUGACAGCUCUUCACCAGGCUAUUUCGGAAGGCCAUGGCCCUGCUGCCAUUCUCCUACUCAAGUCCGGCGCAGAUGCCGAGAAGAGAGAUGGUGAUGGAAAAUUGGCAAUUGAGUUGGUCCCAGACGACAAGGUUAAGCAGUAUAUUUUGCAAACUGCUGAACGGGAGGGGAUCGAGCUACCUUGA